UAUACAUCCGGUGAAAUAUCUGUCUCAUCUAGCUGUGAUUAAACUUUGGAAUAACUAAACAGCAACAUGGAAUCGGAGAAAGAAGUGCAAUCAACAGGAGAAGAUGCCCCUGACCCAGAGGAGGAAGAGAAGAGGCUGGCGGCAGCAGCCCGGGAAGCCAACCAUCUAACUGAGUUGAGGCUGGUGCUGUUGGGCUGGAGGUGGCCUGGGAAGAGCCUGACAGGCAACACCAUACUGGGCCAUGAGGAGUUCCGCCUGGAGCGGGCGGCUGAAUUCUGCGUCAAGCGUCAGACUGAGGUGGAGGGGCGCCAGGUGACGGUAAUAGACACGCCGGGCUGGUUCUCGACCCAGUCCACGCCACCAGUCUACCAGCAGGAGAUGGUGCGGGGCGCCUCCAUGUGCGGGCCCCUGGGCCCCCACGCUUUCUUGCUGGUUAUCCCUGUGGGCAUGUUUACCGAGGUGGACCGGGCCCGCAUCGAGGAGCACCUGGCUCUGUUCGGGGAGCGCGUGUGGAGGCAUACCAUCGUGGUGUUCACCUGGGCAGAUGUGCUGAGGAACAUGUCCAUCGAGAGGCACAUCAAGCGAGAGGGGAAGGAUCUGCAGUGGGUGCUGGAAAAGUGCAAGAUGCGGUACUUUGUCAUCAGCAACUACAUAUUUGGGGAGCACCCCCAGCUGCGGCAGCUUAUGGAGAAGAUAGAGAAGGUGGUGGCGGAGGAGGGCAUCUAUAGCCCAGAGGAGGUGGAGGAGAAGAAACCUCUGGGCCAGAAUCAGAACCAAACCCAGAACCGGGAGCUUGGGGCAAGGCCCAAAGUGAAUUCUGCCGUAGGAUUGGCCAAAAUGGACAUGGACCCGCCCCACAAUUCAGUGGAUGGACUGACUGACUGACUGAAGGAGAGCUGGUGAGCCACCGCAGUUCUGAUUUGAGAGCUCUAUGUCCAUACGUUACCCCAACCUCAGGGCCUGUAUUCAUUAAGCGUCUCAGUUGGAAUGUUGAUCUACGAUCAGUUCCCCUUUUAGAUCAUAAUGAAUGAGAUGGGGGGGGGGGGGGUCUUGAUCCUAGAUCAGUACUCCUACUCUGAGAUGCUUUAUGAAUACAGGCCCAGAUUCUUUUAAACCUUUAAGACUUAAUCUCUCUCCCAUUAAUAUACAUAAUAGUUAUCUGUAACUGGAUGUAGGCUAAAGUGAUCAGGGGUCAUGUUAAUGCAGAAUUCUGCGUUUUUCACACGGGAAAAAAAGAUAAAACCCAUAAAUAUCUUGCUGCAUUUUGUAAACGCAGAUCUAAAAUGCUUCUUGUAAUUGCUGCUCGGCAUCAGGCUUCUUUUUUGCUUCAGUUGCAAUUCUACACUCCAAUGAGAAUUCACAAACGGGCAUUCUAUCAGAAGACCGCGCUCUGACUGAUGUGUAGCUACUUUUCUUCAAUACAUUUAUUGGUGUAGCCUACUUUUCUCUGGUAAAAUGUAAGAUUAACUUCAAGCAAAACCUAAGAAAAUGAUGUGGCUGCUAGCCAAAUAGCGUUUCACUUCUGUUGUCAUCUGAUGAAAAUGAAGCUAUUUUCUGAUUAAUGUGUUGCACUAAUGUAUUUUCUGUGAAGGAAAACUAGUUGCACGUCCCUGAUCACUCUAUUGAAGCAACAAAAAAACUCACUUUACUUUUAAUAUAAAGUGGUUUAAAACCUUGAUUUUGUGAUGGUCUGCGUUUUGAAAAUGUAGAUUUCUGAACUCUAACGAGAUCCCUGGUGAUGCUGUUCUUGCUUUUUGAGACUGUUAGGCCUACCUCGUACCUAUGACAGUUCUGAUGCAAUGUAUAUAUUUGGGGAUUUUAUUGUAUCCGAUUUGCACAUGAAGUAAGAAGCAAAUCACAUACAGUACCAGUCAAAAGUUUGGACACACCAACUCAUUCUAGGAUUUUCCUUU